UCCAGUACAACGCUCAGGCACUCUCGAAAUCUUCGCUCCACCCAAACCUCUACUCUUCCCGUAACCAAACACCACCUGAACCCAUCUCCCAGAGUCAAACCCUAGAUCUGAAGCUGUCCGCCUAUAAUAAAGCCUCUCAUCCUGUAAAUCUGACUUUCCACUUCCAACCCAGCAAGAGAGCACUCACAUUUGAUUUACUUCCUUUCCAGUUUCCGUUGCACCAGAUCAAGAACAUGGCUGAAAUUGGCUACGGCAUCGCAGUGAAGGUCCUGGAGCUGCUCGGAUCGGUUAUUUACGAAGAGCUCAGUUCAGCAUGGGGCGUCCGAAGUGAUCUGACAAAGCUUGAGCGCACUGUCAAAGCCAUCAAAGCCGUACUCUUGGAUGCUGAGGAGAAGCAAGCCAGUGACCAUAGGCUGAGCAUUUGGCUAGGGGAGCUUAAAGACGUCCUUCAAGAUGCUGAGAAUGUGCUGGAUGAAUUUCAAUACCGAAUUCUGCAGAAGGAAGUUAUGAAGAGACAGGGGAGCACUAGCAAAAAGGUGAGUAACUUAUUUUCGAGUUCUAAUCCACUUGCAGUCCGUUUUGAAAUGGCACAUAAAAUCAAAAAUAUUAGGAAGAGGGUAGAUGAAAUUGCAGCUGAGAAAGAUAAAUUCAAUCUUGCUCAAGGACUUGUAGAUAGGAAGUUAAAUAUGCAGGAAAUGAGGGACAUGACCCACUCCUUUGUUGAUCCUCGGAAUGUCAUCGGUAGGGAAGAUGCUAAAAAAAAUAUAAUACAUCUUUUGACGGACCUAAAUGAAAAUUCCAGCAGAAAUGUGGAUGUAAUUCCUAUCGUUGGGAUUGGAGGUUUGGGGAAGACUGCAAUUGCCAAGUUGGUGUAUAGCGAUGAACUGGUAGUUGGUCAUUUUCAAUUGAGAAUGUGGGUGUGUGCGACUGAUGAUUUCAAUGUUACAAGGUUGAUAAAACAAAUCCUUAAAUCUGCAAUUCAUAAGAUUGAUGAGAAUUUUGGUGUGGAUGGGUUGCAAAAUAGCUUUAGAGAACUUUUGAGAGAUAAGAAAUUUAUAGAUAAUUUGGCUGUGGAUGAGUUGCAAUUUAGAUUAAGAGAACUUUUAAAAGGUAACAAAUUUCUACUUGUCUUGGAUGACGUUUGGAAUGAGGAUCGUAAUAAAUGGAUGGAAUUGGAAGAUUUGUUACUUGGUGGUUGCAAUGGAAGUAAAAUCAUAGUGACAACACGAAAUAACUCGAUUGCUACUACUAUGGGUACUUCUCCUACAUACCGUUUAGAUGGCCUCUCCCAGGAAGAUUGUUUGUCUUUGUUUGUGAAAUUGGCAUUUAAGGAAGGAGAAGAAAAACAUUAUCCAAACCUCUUAGAAAUUGGAAAAGACAUUGUUAAAAAAUGUAAAGGGGUUCCAUUGGCAGUGAGGACUUUAGCCAGCCUACUUUAUUCAAAAGUUGAUGAAAGGGAGUGGAAAUCUGUGAGAGAUAAUGAGAUAUGGCAUUUAAAACAGAAUGAGGGCGACAUCUUACCUGCAUUGAGGUUGAGUUACAAUCAAUUGCCGUUUCACUUGAAGCAAUGCUUUGCCUACUGCUCUCUUUUCCCAAAGGAUUAUGAAUUCAAAAGUCUUCUUUUGGUUCAAUUUUGGAUGGCACAUGGACUUCUUCAAUCACCUGACAAUGAAAAUCAAGAUUUGGAAGAUAUUGGUAACUUGUAUAUCAAGGAGUUAAUGUCAAGAUCUUUGUUUCAAGAUGUAGAUCAAGACGCUGUGUUACUUUAUACCUUUAAAAUGCACGAUCUUGUCCAUGAUCUUGCACUCUCAAUUGCCAAAGGUGAGUGUUUGGUAGUGACCAAGAAGUCCUCCGUUUCUGCAGGAGUUUGUCAUUUGUCAAUUUUAGAGAAUGGGCAAGAAGUUACAAAACAAUUAGAGAGGUUGAGCAAAGUUCAAACUAUUAUUUUCAAAACAGAGCAACACAUGUCCAUACUUGAAACAUGCAUCUCAAGAUUUAAGUACUUGCGGGUGCUUGAUCUGGAAAAUUCAUCCUUUGAGGUGUUGCCAAAUUCUAUCCGAAGUUUGAAACAUUUGAGAUAUCUCGACCUAUCAGAGAAUCGCAGAAUCAAGCAACUUCCAGAUUCCAUUUGCAAGCUGCACAGUUUGCAAACUUUACUGCUUGGUGAUUGCAGCAAUCUUGAACGGUUGCCCAAAGGUAUAAGGGACAUAAUCAGCCUCAGGUUUUUGGUUGUUACAACAAAGCAUAUCUGCUUGUCGAAGAAGGCAGUGGGUUGCUUGGAUUCUCUUCGAUUUUUGAUGAUAGGUGGAUGUGAGAAUCUAAAAUGUCUGUUUGAAGGGAUGGAGGGGCGCCUCACCAAUCUUCGAACAUUGGUUGUUGGACGUUGUCCAAGUUUGACUUCUUUAUCACUCAGUAUCAAACACCUAACUGCCCUAGAGACCCUGGUGAUUGUUGAAUGUAAAGAGCUUAGUUUGAUGGAGAUGGAGGGAGAAGACAAUCAAGAUCUCAAGUUGAGCCUCCAGAAUUUGAAGAUUGAAGGUUUACCUAAGUUGGAGGUUUUGCCCCAAUGGCUCCAAGGAUCUGCAAACACUUUACAGGUGCUAAGGAUUGAAGAAUGUGAAAAUUUGAAGGCUUUGCCGGAGUGGCUGCCACGUCUGAAAUCACUUCACACACUUCAGAUUGUCGAAUGCCCUAAGUUGUCAUCUCUCCCGGAGGGGAUGGAAGCUCUCGCUGCACUAAGACAAUUGCAGAUUGAAGGUUGUCCUGAUUUGAGUAGAAAAUGCAGAGAAGAAGAUUCGCACAAGAUUGCUCAUGUACCACUGAUUAAACUCGAAGGGACCAGGUUCACAAUAGAAAAGAAGAUGGCGUCAGCGAGUACUUCCUAGAAGAAGAAAAAAGGAAGAUGAGGAGUUCGACAUAAGUCACAUACAAUAGAAUUUGAACAUUGCUCAAUUCAAAGUCACAAGUUCCUUCCAUAAUUCGUAAGCAUUUAUUCAUUGCAAUUUGGAUUACAAGAUGUAAAUAAAUAAAUACUUCUAUUAUUUAAUUUCCUUUUAAGUCAUGUAAAUAAAUAAAUAUUUCUGUUAUUGUAAUUUGAACUAAAUGAUGUAAAUAAAUAAACAUAUUCGUCAUUGUAAUUCAAAGUAAGAGAUGUAAAUAAAUAAAGAAGUGUUGUGUAUACUCCCUUGAGUACAUUCUUGCGUGUAAAGUUGAGAGAUCCAUGGAUUGGUGUG